AUGGACUCUCCCCAGAAUGAAAUCGCCCACCACCCAGCGCCUGUAGGUAAAAAAUUUCGUCGUACGCUGUCUUGUUUGAGUUGCCAGAAGCGCAAAGUCAAGUGUGAUCGCGUCAAGCCAUGUCGAGCGUGUUGUAUACGAGGCGCUCCCUCCGAGUGCGAAUUUGGUGUGACUAAAAAGGAUCGCCAUUUCAUGGACCAGUCCGACCUCAUCGAACAACUACAAGCAAGAGUUAAAGAGCUGGAGAACAGGCUUCUCAAACAGACUGGAGAAGUCUCCACGGCGACUGACGAGUCUCCGUCAUCGAAUGAGAAUUCUCCUCGCAUAAACUUCGCUUCAUCGGCAGAAACGAAGGAAUUGACUAAGAAUGUUGGGAAAACGACACCGGCUAAUGUGACGUAUCGACCAACAGUACAGAGCUUAUUAGCGUCAUCUCCAUCGCCUGAGAAAAUCUUGAUGGAGAUUUUCGUCGGCGAGCUGAUAAAUGGCUUUUCUCCCGAUCCGUCUGACAUACACGGGCGCGUGUUUGAUCUACGAUCAGCGUCUGAGAAACGAAUAUUUUCCCCGCUCCUAGCCAGUGGAUUUGGUGCAGCCUCAUUGACAUUCAUCGGCCAGCGAGACCAACACCCCAAAAUGAUAGCCGCAGGGCAUAGUCAAUACAGCCGGACAUUGAAGCUACUACAGUCGGCAGUAAACCAUCAAGAAAAGUGCAAGUCAACUGAAGUCUUGACUGCCGUCGUUCUACUGACCAUUAUUGAGGCAUUCAAGCAGACCUCCCCUGGUGCCGUCAUGAAACACCAGCUAGGUGGACUAGAAUUGUUGCGCAUACGAACCCCAUACCGUCAUCGAUCAGGUCUUGAACAAUCGCUCUAUAUCGACCUGCGUAUGUUCUGGGUAACAACCGCGAUUGCAAGCCGACGAGCAACCUUUCUUGCCAACGAAGAUUGGAAAGUUGUCCCCUGGCCUGAGAAUGGCCCCCCAAAAGAUAUGCUUCAUCUUCUCUUAGACGUGGCCGUCGAUAUUCCUGCAUUUUUGGGUAAAUACGAUGAACUUAAAACAGCUUUGCGACGCGGAAAGCUACCAAAAGAAGAGCUUGCAUGUACACAUCAUGAUGUACAAGCCACGGCAAGGGAAUUAGAUCAACGGCUACAGCUCUGGCACUCACUAUAUGCCCUCUCUUACGAACACGGAUUCAUGACCCAGGCACCCGCGAACAGUAUAUCAGGGGAUGAUAAAUUCCCUGUUCUAAAGUGUCACGAUCUGUCUACAGGUGGAAUCAUUGAACCUACGAUACUCAUCUACCCUGAUCUCAUGCUCGCCGUUACAGUGUGCUUGCACCGAGCCCUCCGUCUCGUUGUAGCUGGGAAUGAUGACGAUGGGUUAGUUACUGUCUUGCGACCCCAUGAACGUUAUCAGCUGGCCGUAGAUAUUUGUCGGAGUAUGCGAUACUAUUUGCACACAGUACCCGGGUUUCUGGUAUCACGCAUUAUGUUCGUCUUGCGCGUCGCCUUUGACACCUUUUCCGAAGGAAUGAUUGAAAAAAAGUUCGCGCAAGAGCUAUUUUGGUACAUUGGGAAUAAAUACAGGUUUCCAGUUUUCAUGAAUGAAUGCGCAGAGUCUGCCACAGCUGUGAGAGCUGUUGAUAAUAGUGCCUCUGGUUGA